UCCUUUUAAGACUUAUAAAUUAUCAUUAUUAUUUGAUUAACUGAGACUUAUAAAUUAAAAUAAGGGAAAGUAAACCCAGAAGUCAUUUUUUUAAUCCUUUUCCUUUUCUCCCUCUCCAAUUCCAUUUUGGGGAAACCCGCAGUGCUUUCUCCGGCAAAGCUAUUGUUUUUCCUAUUAAAUUCCACAAAACCUUAACUUCUUCAUCCUCCGCCGCACCACUUCCUUGCUGUUUAUCUGCUCUUCAUAGCUAUUAAGAUGAAUAGAAAACGGCACAUUGCAAUUUUCACUACUGCCAGUCUUCCAUGGAUGACUGGAACUGCUGUCAACCCCCUUUUUCGUGCAGCCUAUCUUUCAAAAGAUGGGGAGCGAAAGGUCACAUUAGUGAUUCCUUGGUUAUCAUUGAAAGAUCAAGAGCUGGUCUAUCCAAACAAUUGCAGAUUCUCCUCACCUACUGAACAUGAAGCAUACGUACGUCAAUGGCUUGAGGAGAGGACUAAGUUUAGGUCUGAUUUCACUAUACGUUUUUAUCCUGGAAAGUUUUCUGUAGAUAAAAGAAGCAUUCUUGCUGCCGGAGAUAUUUCUGAAGUAAUUCCUGAUGAAGACUCAGAUGUUGCAAUUCUUGAGGAGCCUGAGCAUCUUACAUGGUAUCAUCAUGGGAAGAGAUGGAAAACUAAAUUUUGUUUAGUUAUAGGGAUUGUUCACACCAAUUAUCUUGAAUAUGUGAGGAGAGAGAAGAAUGGAGUACAAGCAUUUUUACUUAAGUACAUGAAUACUUGGGUUGUUAGUAUAUAUUGCCACAAGGUAAUUAGAUUAUCAGCUGCCACCCAGGAUUACCCUAAGUCCAUCAUUUGUAACGUUCAUGGAGUUAAUCCCAAGUUUCUUGAGAUAGGCAAGAAGAAGCUAGAGCAACAACAGAAUGGAGACCAGGCAUUUACAAAAGCUGCUUACUACAUUGGGAAAAUGGUGUGGAGCAAAGGGUACAGGGAGCUACUUAAACUUCUCCAUGAUCACCAAAAGGAACUUACGGGGCUUCAGGUUGAUUUAUAUGGAAGUGGAGAAGACUCUAGUGAAGUUCAGGAAGCUGUUCAGAAGCUGGAAUUGUCAGUUCAAGUUCAUCCUGGGCGUGAUCAUGCUGAUCCUAUUUUUCAUGAAUACAAAGUGUUCUUGAAUCCAAGCACCACUGAUGUGGUUUGCACGACAACGGCCGAAGCGUUGGCUAUGGGAAAGAUUGUUGUUUGUGCUAAUCAUUCGUCUAAUGACUUCUUCAAGCAGUUCCCAAAUUGCCGAACAUUUGAUAAGAGCAAUGAUUUUGUUACGGUCACACGCAAGGCACUAGCCGAUGAGCCUGCACAACUGACUGAUGCACAGAGACAUGAGCUCUCCUGGGAAGCUGCCACAGAGCGGUUUCUAAAGGCUGCAGAGCUGGACCAUUCGUUGACAAAAAAUCAAUCAGGAUCUCCUUCCAAUAACUAUAUGUCAACAUCAAUGAAUCUGCAGUGGAACAUUGAGGAUUUAUCGGCCCAAGUGCAUCAUUUUGUUUCUGGGUUUGAAGCAUCUCGGAAGAUAUUUGGUGCAAUCCCUGGAAGCUUGCAACCAGAUGAAGAGCAACGCAAGGAACUCGGUUUGGUUGUGCCUGCAGGGAACUAAUGCUCAAGAAUAUGACGUCAUAGAUGCUCUUGCUGACUACUAAGGUAAUAAAAUCAAAUUAGAUUUAGAAGAAUCAUGCUGUUCAAUUGGAUUUAAAUAAUGCUCUAUGCAAAGAACAUAACUUAGAACUACGAUUGUUUGGAUGUAGUCUACUCGGGGGGAUUCUGCAUUUUUCAGUCCUUGUAAUUGAAAUGUACAUACAUAUUAUUGUUCACACUAUUUUUGACAGAUGUGAAUUCAUAUGAUUACUUAGAAUUUUCGUACAA